GGCUUGUGUGACGUGUAUAUGUCACGUGAGGUUCCCAAAAGUGGGUACACAGUUGUUAGCUUCGCCGCAGUGUAUGCUGUAAAAUGUCGCUGCCGUUACUGUUAACGUGUUUUGAAAGUACUUUAGGGAAACAAAAAUGUUAAAUACUCUGGUUGUCUCCGUAAAUAAGUAGUACGGUCAUGGCCAGUGACUGAAUACUUCGUCAAUGAAUCACAGUGGUGUAUCUUACAGUGGGGCAAAAAAGUAUUUAGUCAGCCACCGAUUGUGCAAGUUCUCCCACUUAAGAUGAUGACAGAGCUUUCUACUCGUGGAAGUACAAUGCCAGACACAGUGAUGCUAGAGUCUGUGGUUGAUUACCACACACGCUUUCAGGCUGCUGUGGAUGUCAUUCAUAAUCUCCCCAAAAAUGGAUCCUAUCGGCCAUCGUAUGAGGUGAUGCUACGCUUUUACAGUUUAUACAAACAGGCUGUGUGUGGACCCUGUGCAAUGUCCCGCCCUGGCUUCUGGGAUCCAGUAGGCCGCUACAAAUGGGACGCUUGGAGCCGACUUGGAGACAUGAGCACUGCUAAUGCCAUGGCAGCAUAUGUGGAUGAGCUGAAGAAGGUAGCCCAAGAGGUCAUUGACACAAUGCCAAUGAAUGAGAAGACUGCCUCACUCUUUCACCAUUUUGAGCCUCUGUACGUGGUUAUUGACGACAUGCCGCGGCCCCCACAGUCGCUGCUCAGGCUCAGAGAAGGCUCACGACAAAGUGAGGGUUUGGUGUUGAACAACGACUCUGAGAACGAGAUUUUCUGUGACUCUGUAGAUUCUGUGGAGCAACUCAGUAACCUAAAGAUACCACUUGUCAAGUCUAACGGGUUUCAGAAUGGCCAUGAGGUCUUGGAGUCAUCCCUUCUUGAAAGCCCAAAACUCGAAAACCAGUAUGAGAGCAGACAGGUGGGGGCAGGUCACGGUGGAGAGGGGGGGAAGGAUGCAAAGGAUCGGGAUACAAACAGAAGUCGAGCCUCUGGACAGGAAGGUUCCUACCACAACAGGAGAGAAAGUGGUGUUCCACCAAGCAGAAGAAGGCGUGGUGUGACUGGUGGUGCUAGUGGGGAUGAGAGAGCGGGAGGAAAUGGUUCUGAUGAUGUUCCAGAGAGUGGGCAUGAGACACAUCUUCAGCACCAAAUCAUUCUGGCUUUAAGGAAGCUCAAAUAUGACAUGAGGAGUGUGAUGGCAAGGUUGGAGGUGGUGGAGAGGCUCACAACUUCACAUGCUUCUGGCUCAGAGUGGAGACCCUGUCUGCAAUGUGCCAGUGUGGCCUCUCCACAUCAGGAGAAGAAGUGGUGGCCAUUUGACCUGUCUUGUCAGACAGUUCUUCUGUUUAUGCUGUGGCCUUUUGCUGCUCAAGGUAUGAUUCAUCUACUCAAAAAGAUCCAGAGGAGAAGUCAAUUGUCUUCAUGACGUCAAGAAAUUCCCCACGUCACAGAAAUCUAUUCAUGUGGAAUGUGUCCUAUGACUGAAGAACGUUAUUCAGAAGAUCUUUCCCAGAGAAAAAAUAGUAAAGUUGAUGGACUUGGAA